CUACUCCUCUCACCUUUCUCGUUCUCCAUUCACUCCAAUCCCGUACCUUUCCAUUUCUUCCCGAGUUAGCCUCAAAUCCUGUUCUCAUCGAUGAAGAAUCAAUGGCGUGUUCUUCUUCUUCGUGCUCAACAUCGCACAGGCAUUUACGCUUCCAAUCACUUCUUGCAACCUCAGUUUCAGGUACACCUCAACCCGAAUCUGCAAUCACUUCGCUCUGUCACUUCGCAUCUGCAUUCCCACUCUGUUCACAGCCAAGUUACCUUACCUUCUUCUGGUUCACUUGAUUUAUUAAACCCUAUAAGCACCACUACUCGUAGUUUCUCUUCCGAGACUGCUAUUGAGCAGAAUGAAUCGGAUCACGUUGUUAUUGCUGCUGAUAUAUUCUCGAAACCCAGGGACUUCGAUGAUAUUAAGAAAGAAAUUGAACUGAACAAUAUCGUGAUUAAUCAUGAUAUGGUGCUGAAGCUUUUAUGGAAGCUUGGUUCCAGCCCUGAUGCUGCUAGGAGGUUUUUUGACUGGGUUUUGGAGAGUGAUUGUGGGAGGUUGAGCUCUAAAUCUUAUAACAUGAUAUUAUGUAUUUUGGGAACCAGUGGUUUCGUUAAUGAGUUCUGGGACAUGGUUGAUGUUAUGAAGAAAAAGGGUUAUGGGGUAUCAAAAGAUGUACGCGAUAAAGUCAUGGAAAGCUUCGAAGAGAGUAGAAGGAAUGGUGAUAUUGAGAAGUUGAAAGCUUUGUUUGCAUCAGGAUCUAUUGAUAAUUCACCUGAGAAGAUGUGCUCAAGGGUCGGAAAAAUUGUGAGGCAUGAUGUGUGGAGUGAUGACGUUGAAAAGAAAAUCUUGGACUUGAACAUUGUGUUUUCGAGUGAUAUGGUUAAAUCGAUUCUGGAUGGUCUUGGUACAGAUCCAAAUAAGGCCCUGAUAUUUUUCAGGUGGGUAGAGGAGAGUGGGCAGUUUAAACAUGACGGCUGCACCUAUAAUGCGAUGGCCAGGGUAUUAGGAAGGGAAGAUACAAUUGAUAGGUUUUGGAAACUUGUUCAUGAAAUGAGGAACAAAGGGAAUGAAAUGGAAUCAGAAACACAUGAUAAGGUUUUAGGACGGUUUUGUAAACGGAGAAUGAUUAAGGAUGCUGUUGACUUGUAUGAAUUUGCUAUGGCUGGGGCAAACAAACCUUCACGUGAAUGCUGUACCUUUCUGUUGAAGAAAAUUGUGGUCGGCAAGCAGUUUGAUAUGCCUUUGUUUUCGAGGGUUGUGAGGGCUUAUACAGGAAGUGGGAAUGCGUUGACAAGUUAUAUUGUUGAUUCCAUCUUGAAGUCUUUGACCACUGUUGGCAGGUCUAGGGAGUGUAAUCAGGUUUUGAAAGCACUGGAAGAGGGUGGAGUUGUGUUGACUGGUAAUUUACAGAGUAAGAUUGCUUUUCGUCUUAGUGCUUCUGGUCACAAGGAAGAAGCUUCAGAAUUUAUGAAAAACAUUGAAGCAUCUGGAUCUAAUCUGGAUCACAAGGCAUGGGAAUCCUUAAUUGAGGGGCACUGUCUUUUUGGGAACCUUGAUAAAGCUUUUGAUUCUUUUCAAAAGAUGGUUGAGAAAGAGGGUGUCACUUCUGCAGGCUAUAGUUUCCAUAUGUUAAUGAAUGCAUAUUGCCAAAAGAACAGGGCAAUUGAUGCUUGCAAGAUUCUCUGCCAAUUGGUGAGGGAACAACAGUUAGAGCCCCGGCAUUCUACUUACAAGUCUCUGAUAACUAACCUAUUGGUUCAGGGAGGAUUUACAGAUGCCGUAAAUAUUUUGGGUUUAAUGCGAAGUCAUGGGUUCCCACCUUUUAUUGAUCCAUUUAUUGAACAUGUAUCAAAGUGUGGAACCGGAUCUGAUGCUAUUCUGUUUCUCAGGGGCAUGACUUCAAAGUAUUUUCCAUCUACAUUUGUUUUUCUCCGUAUGUUCGAUGCCUUUUCCAAGCAUGGAAGGUAUGAAGAAGCUCACAACCUCCUUUCCAAAUGUCCAAGUCACAUCCGUAACAAUGCUGAUGUCUUGAAUUUCUUUUAUUCCAUGAGGUCUAAAGUAGGUGAUUCUUCUGGUACGUUGGCUGCUUAAGCUUGUAGGAAUGUAUCUCAUAUUGUACUCUUUUGAAGAAGGCUGUUGAAAAAUUUUUGGAUAUCUAUUCUUUAGCGCUUGAUCUGAAAUCACUGAUUUGUGGGAUUUUAGAUAUGACAAAUAACCAAAAUACGUCACAUUACUAGGCUUCCCUGUGCAAUUUGUAUUUCUCACCUGUAUUACCACAUAAUUUCAUUAUCUUAAGGGCGUUUUUUGAUA